AUGCGCUUCACAGGGCUCGUUGCUUUGAGUAUGGCUGGUUUAGCCACAGCCGUGCCUGUUUACGUGAACCCCAACUCGCCAAUGUCUAGGCCCGUCGAGAAUGGUCACAAUGGCCCGGGCUACAGAAUCUUGUAUGCCCAGUCAGCUGGACGCGGAAGCCUUACAACACCUACACCAACUCCUAUCCUACCUACCGCCACUGGCACACCGCGAGAUACACCUAGUGCGACAGCAACUGGCCAGCCUGGUGGUCUAUCCCAGAAGGAAACGAAAUUCCAUGAAGAUUUUGAGCAUUGGGUGAACCUACCUCACGGGGCUGAAAAAGAAAGAGAGCAGUGGGGAAAGAAUUUGCUCAAGGACCUGGAGAACCUUGCAAAUCAAGGCGAGCAAACAUCGACGGUCACCUCGCCAACUGUUCCCCAAAGAGGCCCACGCCUGAGGCCCACGCCUUCUUCCAGUGCCACACCUUCUUCAAGCCCCAAACCUUCUCCCAAAUCACCAGUCGUGCAAUUUUCCCACGCAUAA